CCAAGUUCCUAUUAUUCCCCUCUCGGUCUAUCGUCAAGCACUUGUUUCUAGUUCCCUGUGGAAAUUAAACAACAUUUUGCGUCUCUACUUCAUACUCUACUAAUAUUUUCUCUCUACUGUCCCCAAAUCUUCACCUCAUCCCUAAUUUGUUUCUGGUAAUGGCGACUAACGAGGCUAAACCAGCUACUGAAGAAGCUAAGAUGGAUCUGUUUGAAGAUGAUGAUGAAUUCGAGGAGUUCGAAAUCGAUCUCGAGUGGGACAGCAAGGAAGAAGGCAAGGAGGUGACACAGCAGUGGGAAGACGAUUGGGAUGAUGAUGAUGUCAACGAUGACUUCUCUCUGCAACUUAGGAGGGAGCUUGAGAGUAAUGUUGCUGAAAAGAAAUGAAUCAGUUGAUGAUGGCUGAUGGGCUGUUGGUUAUUUCAAUCCAUGUAUCAUCUUUUUCGAAAUUCAAGUUGAGGUGCCUUUUAUCCCUGUGGUAGUUUUCAAAUUACCUUAAGCUUUUAUUACGGGCAAUGUGGAGUGACAGAAGAUAGUUGAUCAUGAUAAUCUUGUAGUUUAGGAACAUAAGCAUGUAAACAUCUAUGUACCCUGUGAUUAGUUGAACCUGUUUUCUUCACAUAUCUUUCGGCAGUGUUUGGCUAGGCGUUUAGUUUUUGCUUUUCAAUUUUGAUCCUUGACCAUAUGUUUCCAAAAAUAUUGGCUUCGUUUUUUGAAUUGCACUAUUUUGAACUUUUCA